AUGUCCAAGCUUAUCGUUGUUACAGGCGCAACUGGCCAGCAGGGCUCAGGCGUUAUCAAUGCCUUGUCGGCGAACCCUGACUGGAGAAUACGAGGUCUUACACGGAACCUCAACAGUGAAAAAGCCAAGGUGCUCAUUGAGCGAGGUAUUGAAAUGAUAGCUGCCGACUUUGACGAUGAAGGCAGUCUCACCAAUGCCUUUAUUGGCGCAAAUGCCAUAUUUGCUGUGACAGAUUUCUACGAGCCCUUUGGCACAGGGAUCGGGCCUGAAAAGGCAAUGCAAGUUGAGUAUGACCGAGGGGUUAAACUCGCCCGCGCCGCUGCAAAAACUCUCACUCUGGAGACCUACUACUGGAGCACCUUACCUGCUGCAAAGGAUUUGAGUAACGGCGAGGUAGAGGUUCCGCAUUUCGAUGCCAAAGGAGCCAUUGACGCGUAUAUCAAGAAUGACCCAGUCCUGAACCCUAAGACCAUCUUUCUUUUGACGGGCUUUUAUGCUUCAAACUUUAAAUAUCCGCCUUUUACUCCAAUUUACUCGAAACCAGCUGGACAAUAUAUUCUUGCGCUCCCGGCAAAAUCAUCAUCUCAUCUCCCCUCACUCGGUUCAGUAAAUAAUAUCGGCAUCACCGUCAGUGGACUUCUCCAACAUCCAUACCCCAGUACCGCGUACGGGCCCAAGGGCGGUCGAUAUGUCCAUGUCACCACGGGCAAGUACCAGAUUCAAGACUACUUCUCGAAAUGGGCGGAAAUUGCAGGAAAAGGAAAGUUGCAAGUUUUAUCAGUUCCAUUUGAGCAGUUUGAAGGACUGCAUGGUAUGUGGGGAACUGAAUUGGGCCUUAUGGUCAAGUUCUGGGAAGUUGUUGGAGCUCCAAGAAUGUGGGGGACUGUUGGAGAUGGGGAUAUUAUGGUAGAUUCUCGUGAUCUUGAAGGCGUGAGGGAUCGUUUGGUUAGUGCUGAGGAUGUCUGGAGGCAGGAGAAUUGGGAUCAGUUCUAG